AACCAAGCCCAUUAGUUAUCCUAUGCGAAGUCUGGGGCCUCAUGAGCUGUCCUGCUCAUGGGGGGGGGGGUUGCUGCACCUCUCUUGCUUCUGGAAGGAGACUAGGGAGAGAUUGCAUCUGGAGUCUUAUCUGCUACUGCUCUGAGCAGUUCUAGUAGCUUCGGGGAGUCUUGGGAAGCUGGGUGAGGGGAGGUAAAUCCCAUGGCUGGCUUCCUAGUCCGGUAUCACAAGCACCUCUGUGGAUCAUUUCUUGUUGAAACCAUGGGUUUUUAGCCUUUCCUUUCUCUGGGUUCAAAGACAGGACGCUGUGCACAGCCGGGUUAAGCCCACACAGGCACAGGCCGUGCGAGGCGAGUCAAGCAAGGAGUGAGGUAGGAGGAAGGGGCUGCAGGAAGGCCCUGCCUUCGGCCUGGGCCUGGCCAGCGAGGAAUGGGUGAUAUUUCAGCUUUUGGCAGUAAGGCCCAACCUGCAGUAAGAAUGGGAAAGGAUAAGGCGUUCACGGAUCUCUAAAGCAUGGGGCUAAAAAAAAAAAAAAAAAAAAAAAAAAAAAAGCAGAGUGUAAAGGCUUGGCUUCUCAGAGGCGACUUUCCAGCUCAAGAACCCACACCCAUGAUUAAGGGAGCACUAGGGGAGGGGCAACUCAGGACCUGCUUGGGACAGCGUGCUCUCAAGAGCAAAGCCUUUUUAGUCACCGCCCCUUCUGGCUCAAGCUUGUCAGGUUUCCUGUUUGGAGGGGAAAAGCAGCAAAAACCAGCAAGGCAAAAAGGGAAAGAGGAAAGAGUAGGCCUGCUGGGGCCUUCUCAUUGACCUGGGCACUAGUGUCUCUACACGCCUCUGAUCUGCACAUCCCUGCCCGGGCCGUGCCCGCCGCUGGCGUCUGGGGGUGUGUGGGGGAGAGCGGGGGCCUGGCUGGUUGUGUGCGCCCAUUAAUCUGCCGGGCGGGCGGCGGGCGGGCGGGCUGGGGGCUGUUUGUAACUUUGCUGCCUCGGUCGCCGCGGUCCCCGGGGAGCGGGCUCCGGCGCUCGCUCCCAUUGGCCGCCGCUGCGUCAGCUGGUGCGAUUUGCUGCUGUCGCUUUUGGCGUUCGGCCAUCCAGAAACAAACCAGUUCGAUGACUACUAAUAGUUAUAGCCAGAUGUACUAAUACACAACAAAUCACAGUCCUGCAGAGGGGCGCGCAAAUGAGUUCCUAUUUUGUGAAUCCCACUUUCCCUGGGAGCCUGCCCAGCGGCCAGGACUCCUUCUUGGGCCAGCUACCCCUCUACCCGGCCGGCUAUGACGCGCUGAGGCCCUUCCCGGCCUCUUAUGGGGCGUCGAGUCUUCCGGACAAGACGUACACUUCACCUUGUUUCUACCAACAGUCCAACUCGGUCCUGGCCUGCAACCGGGCAUCCUACGAGUACGGGGCCUCGUGUUUCUAUUCUGAUAAGGACCUCAGUGGCGCCUCACCCUCGGGCAAUAGCAAGCAGAGGGGCCCCGGGGACUACCUGCACUUUUCUCCCGAGCAGCAGUACAAACCCGACAGCAGCAGCGUUCAGGGCAAAGCCCUCCAUGAGGAAGGCACCGACCGGAAGUACACGAGUCCUGUUUACCCCUGGAUGCAGCGGAUGAAUUCCUGUGCGGGUGCUGUGUAUGGAAGUCACGGGCGCAGAGGCCGCCAGACCUACACGCGCUACCAGACACUGGAGCUGGAGAAGGAAUUCCACUUCAACCGCUACCUGACUCGGCGCCGCCGCAUCGAGAUCGCCAACGCGCUCUGCCUCACCGAGCGCCAGAUCAAGAUCUGGUUCCAGAAUCGGCGCAUGAAGUGGAAAAAGGAAAAUAAACUCAUCAAUUCCACACAGCCCAGCGGGGAAGACUCUGAGGCCAAAGCGGGCGAAUAGACUCCAGGGCAGGAGGGACCAGGCCAGUGUCCUAACCUCUAUUGGCUUUGCCCCUUGGUGCCUCUGCCUGCUCCCUAAGUUUUCUUCCAGCCUGCUCCCACCCGGGUGCUUCCGCAGCCUAGGGAAAUCCAAAGCUUUGCAAGCGUCUGCCCAUUUACUUAUUACAGAAAACAAACAAAAGCUUACACACCCAAUGUCAGCUAUGGGACAGAUGCACUGUACACACACACACAGGUUCUCUCCCCAAAGCUGCUCGAACCAGCCGGGGAGUCCCGGGGUGCACCCAGAAUUGGCCCUGCUGCUGUAUUAGCGACACUGCGCUCCCUGAGCUACAGACACGGGGUUGUUGGGGGAAAGAAAGAGCCCCAGGCAAUGCCCGCUUUGGUGUCUGUGUUUUUCCGCCUUGGUCUCUCGCCAUCAAAUCUUGAAGGGUAUUGCCAAAUCGGCUCUGGAAAGAAAGGGCCUACGAGCUGGGCCCCAGCUCUGUCGCAGCCUCUCAGGAUGCCCCUAAACAAGAAGCUGGAGGAACAAAGGGGAACUCCCCUCUUCCCCGACAGAACCAAGUCUUUCUGCCGACGCAUAACCGUCAAUGGGAGAACUGCAGCUUCAGCCGAGGCGAGCCAACCUGGGCGGGAGUGGAACAGUACAGCCUCUCCAGCGACUAGGCUCUCCGCAGGCUCCCAGCUCCCGAUCCCCACUCCCUGUCUCGUACAGCGCGGGCGCUGCCACCUAGAAGCUCUCAGGACCCAAAGAGGGGACCCAGGACCACGGGAGCCAAAAGAGUCCUAGCUUCCAACCUUCCAACCGUGCCAAGGACGCCUGAGAUGCCAGGCCUCUAGUGGGGAGAGUCUGAUUGCCUCUCAGUUACAUUUGUGAUUUACUUUGGUCUUUCUCGGAGCCUAGGAAAAUAACUACGGAGAUACUAGGCAGGCACUGCCACGAAAUGAUUCCAUUAGUUCCCGCAAUUUAUUCCUGGAUGUGUAAGCAAGACCCCAAUAGCUCUACCCACGGAUCCCAGCUUUAAAACAGCCUCAGAAGCUGCAGAGAGUCAGGGCCCGCUCUCUGGGUUCACCAAGAACCUUGCUACCUGGGGCCCGGCUGGCCGGAGGAACCGGACCAGGGAUGAAGAUAUUCCGGGCUGGAUAAAUAAUCAAAUCAGAUAACAAACUAAUGACACGAAAAACAUUUACACAGAAGAAAAAUCGACUCUGGUUAUACAAGUAUAUGGAAUUUGACCUCGCCUCGGAGAAACUCUACACAAAAGCUGUCUUUAAUAGACGCCUGUCGUUUAAGAGCGGCAGGGACACUGUCCUUCACGCGCUCACAAAAACAGAGCCGUAAUUGUGGCUGCUGCUGUGGGAAGGAUUUAUUUCUUCAAUUGGCUAAAUGGUCUUCCCUUCCCCGAAGGUGAUAUCUGUAUUUUCAAAAUUCACAGCUGCGGGCCGGACGGGCAGAACCGACCCCAACCUCUACACAAAAAUAAGAGGGUCUACAAAGCCAGGGAAAUAAAGUUGUUGUAAAUAAUUCCAAGUCA